GCAAUUCACUCACACUGUUACCUGCUCCGACUUGAAAGUCCAGUUUCACAAGGAAGAAUCUUAGAGGAAGCAGAAUAUGUCACAGGAGACAGACAACAAGCGUCUGGUGGUGGUGGUGCCCAACGAGAGCUCGUUCGCGGGGGUGCGGCGGGCGUUCACCAGCGAGGACGAGGCGUGGCGCUCGUACCUGGAGAACCCGCUCACCGCCGCCACCAAGGCCAUGAUGAGCAUCAACGGGGACGAGGACAGCGCCAACGCCCUGGGGCUGCUCUACGACUACUACAAGGUGCCAAAAGAAAAGAGACUGCUGCCCGUCGCAAAGGUCGUUGAGAUCACAGAAGAGCAGGAGAAGAGGACGGGGCAAUCGACCAACGGCGGCAACAAUGACGAGGAGGCGGGGGUAACCAUGGACAACCGGGUGCAGGUCCUCAAGUCCGUCCCGGUGCUGUCCAUCAGCACCGAGCACCUGGACAGCAAACGGGAGCAGUUCAUCUCCCUGGGGGUGGUGCAAGGGGGGGGGGGAGGGGGAGGGGGGGAGGGCGGGGCCGCGGCGGUCGCAGUGGUGAAGGCGGAGGUGUACGCGCCGGUGUUCAUGGGGGGGGGGCUCCACUACCGGGGCGACGGCGGCGGCGGCGGCGGGGGGGAGGACUCGGCGAGGGUGAUCUACGAGCAGAGCCCCUACGAGGUGGCCACGGCGGUGGGCCACGGGAGCUACACCAAGGACCUCCAGCAGAGCUCCCCCGACAGCCCCUAUGAGGAGGACGGCAACAUGAAGUACCACAACCCUUCCUCUAUGCCCAACGAUGGGGACUUCCUGUUCCACCAGGAACGAGUUGACAGCUUCCAAUACACCCUGGACGCCACGCGGUCCCUUCGGCAGAAGCAGGGGGAGGGGCCCAUGACGUACCUGAACAAGGGCCAGUUCUACGCCGUCACCCUCAACGAGCUGGGCGUCAACAAGCGGCUGCGUCACCCAAUCAGCAAAGUCCGGAGCGUCAUCAUGGUGGUGUUCAGCGAGGACAAGAACCGGGACGAGCAGCUGAAGUACUGGAAGUACUGGCACUCCAGACAGCACACCGCCAAACAGAGGGUCCUGGACAUCGCCGACUACAAGGAGAGCUUCAACACCAUCAGCAACAUCGAGGAGAUCGCCUACAACGCCGUCUCCUUCACCUGGGACGUCAACGAAGAGGCCAAGAUCUUCAUCACGGUGAACUGCCUGAGCACAGACUUCUCAUCCCAGAAGGGGGUGAAGGGCCUGCCGCUCAUGAUCCAGAUCGACACCUACAGCUACAACAACCGCAGCAACAAGCCUCUGCACCGGGCCUACUCCCAGAUCAAGGUCUUCUGCGACAAGGGAGCAGAGAGGAAGAUUCGGGAUGAGGAGAGAAAACAGUUCCGUAAGAAGUCCAAAGGUAAGGACGGCGGUGCGGGGGGUGUGAUCACGGCCCAGACGAAGAGCGACGCCACCUUCUUCAAGACCCUGACCGACCUGGAGGCCCAGCCCGUCCUCUUCAUCCCCGACGUCCACUUUGGGAACCUGCAGCGGGCCGGACAGGUCUUUGCCUACAACCCCGAAGAGAUCGAGAGAGAGGGGAGCGUGCUGGUGAAAAGAAUGUUCCGGUCAUCAGACGAAGACCUCUGUCCCUCCCCGGUCAAACAGUUGAAAGAGGAGACACACAAGAGAGUGCUGCUGUACGUGCGGAAGGAGGACGAGGAGGUGUUCGACGCCCUGAUGCUCAAGUCCCCCACCCUCAGGGGCCUGAUCGACGCGAUAUCAGAGAAAUAUGGCGUGCCCACGGAGAGGAUAGCUAAAGUGUACAAAAAGAGUAAAAAAGGGAUCCUGGUGAACAUGGACGACAACAUCAUCGAGCACUACUCCAACGAGGACACCUUCAUCCUGCACAUCGAGAGCUUCGGCGACGCCUACAAGGUCACGCUCACCGAGAUCUGACUGCUCAUUGGCUGAA